UUCCAAGCAUUCAGCCACAUGUGUGUGAAGUUUUCUUCCCCACCUCACGUGACAUGAGGCAGAAGCUCAAACACAUUACACAAUAAUCAAAAUAUGCCUCUGGCAAAGCUGAGCCAAAAUCUGAAGCUGUUGCAAGGAACGGAGAACGCAAAUGAAAGAAACCCACUUUCACAAACUUGACUGAAACCGUCCAGAAUGCUUCCAGCCUAUUGAAAGGGAGUGCUUUGCAGCUAGGAAUCACACUCAACUGGACAAAGAGGAUGCUCUGCGGGGAAUUAUCGGUUUGAGAUUUAGCAGUUUUCCUACUGGCUGUCAGGAUCCUGUUGAAGGAAUUUGUGCUUACUUCAUCAUGAUUUUCUUGGUUCUGUUUGUCUGGACUGUGCCUUGUAUCGCUAAUCAUCUUCUCAGUAGUUUUGUCAAAGCAGAAAGCCAGAAAGGCUCCCGGCAACUUGUCUGCAGCAUGCCAGGACCAAAAGGCCUUCCAGGACCACCAGGACCUCCAGGUCCACCUGGGACUAUGGGAAGGAUGGGCUUCCCAGGAAGAGAUGGACAGGAUGGAAAGGAUGGGGAGAAAGGAGCGGUGGGAGAAGAAGGUCCAGAAGGCAAAGGAGGAAACUCAGGCAAACCAGGGCCAAAAGGAAAAGCCGGAGCCAUUGGCAAAGCUGGUCCUCGUGGUCCAAAGGGUCUCAAAGGAAACCCUGGAAAAAAUGGGGCAUCAGGAAAGAAAGGCCCUAAAGGAGCACGGGGGGACAUUGGGAUGCCAGGACCCUGCAGCUGCGGGGCCAAUAAAGCCAAGUCAGCCUUCUCCGUUGCAGUGACCAAAAGCUACCCAAGGGAGAGACUGCCCAUAAAGUUUGACAAGAUCCUGAUGAAUGAAGGUGAACAUUAUAAUGCUUCCAGUGGGAAAUUUGUAUGCAGUAUCCCUGGCAUCUACUAUUUUACCUAUGACAUCACUUUGGCCAAUAAACAUUUGGCUAUUGGGCUAGUGCAGAAUGGACAGUACCGGAUAAAAACAUUUGAUGCCAAUACUGGUAACCAUGAUGUAGCUUCUGGAUCAACUAUUCUUUCUCUAAAACAAGAUGAUGAGGUCUGGCUACAGAUCUUCUACGCAGAACAGAAUGGACUCUUUUAUGACCCAUACUGGACAGACAGCCUUUUCACUGGGUUUCUGAUAUAUGCUGACCAGGAUUACCUCAAUGAAAUAUAAGGAAAGACUCCAUUGCCAAUAAAUUCUAACAGGAAACGGAGUGUGAAAAAGGUAUAGCUACAAUGUACAUAUAGCUGUGAAACAGCCUUCUUUCUGCCAUGGCCGGCCUAAUUAAUAUGGACUGUGGCCAAACAUCAGGGCUACAAUAUUGAUAGCCAGAUAAAUGGCCCAGACGUAACACAAAUCCCUGGUUUAAUUUACAGUUAACUUGUUGGAACCAGGAUUUGGCUUCCAGAACACCACUCAGAUGUUGGCUUUAUUGCCUUUGUUCUUUUCCUUUCCUCCUGUGUCACCCCAGCAGUGGCGUACCUAGGCAAACUGGCACCCUGGGCAAAACCUGAG